UUUCGGCUUCGGUUACGGUUAACGUUAAAAGAGUUGUCUUUUAGAGAAAAAAGAGGUUAACAUACUAAUUAUGAGCAUAGCACAGUGGUCUGAUCUUCCCAACGAGCUCUUGGAGAUCAUCAUCGAUAAUCUCCACACCAAAACAGACCAUACCCGAUUCCGCUCAGUCUGCGAGUCAUGGAGAUCUUCAGCUCUUCCUCACCAAAACAGCGUCGUUUUACCACCCAAAGUUCCUUACUUGGGUCCACCCCAUCUCCGAGAAAGCUCUCUGCUACUCACCGAGUCCACAGUCUACCAUCUCUCUCCGCCGGAGAUCGGUUCCAUGGCUUCGACCUCGAACUCCAGUCUAUGGGGUUGGAUUGUCAAGAUCAAAGAAAGUCAACAACUGGGUCAACAACCCCAACCCCAUCUCAUAAACCCUCUCUCUCCACUCCGAGUUCACCCCCUGCCUGACUCGUUCCCCAAGGUACUAAACUCGUUACAGUUCCGAGUCUCUGAGGUGACCAAGUCUUACGCUCUCCAAUUCUCGAACCUCAACUACAAAGUGGCUUUGAACCCGAACCACGAUUUCCCAUCUCUCAUGACCGUCGCAACUGGGGUUUUAUGGCACUUGAAACUAGGCCAAGAUAGGUGGACUGCCAUUGAUGACACGGUCUCUCAACUCUGCUACGAAGAUGUCACUCUCUACCGGGGAAAGUUCUGCGCUGUUGAUGAGUUUGGGAGAGCUGUGGUGGUUGAUUCUGCUGCUUUGAAGAUCACGGAGAUUGCUUCUGCGAUUCCAGGUGGUGCUGGUGACAAGAAGAAUUUGGUUGACUUUAAUGGGGAGCUGCUUUUAGUGGAUAGAUAUCUGACCAAGGAACAUAAUUAUAUGUAUGAUAUUAAUGGAGGAAGAAGUACUAGUAGUGUUAAGGUUGAAGAAUUCAGGCUUUACUUUCUCAAACUGGACCAGAAAAAAUGGAUUGAGGUUGAAACCUUAGGUGACCAAAUAUUGUUCUUGGGUGAAGAUUGCUCGUACACUAUAUCUGCUAAGAGUUUUGGUGGGUGUAGAGGAAACUGCAUAAUCUAUAGUGAUCCACAUUUCAAAGUGUACAACUUGGAUGACCGGAGAAUAGUACCAGUGACUCAACACCCGGAAUACACUAACAUCUUCAACCCGCCUAAGUCUCCUCCACGGCCGCGCCCCCAUGGAACACGGCGGCGGUUCUUCUGGUAAUGAAGCAGUACAACUAUGAAUUGUCAAGCUGUAUGGUGAGCUUGACUCUUUUGUUGCUUCGUUGGUUUAUUCUGAUCAAUUAAUGUAUAUAUAUAUACUCUUGAGAAUUCUGUGCCUUUUGUUGUUUUGAAUUUGAUUGUUACGUUUUCAUUAGUGUUCCCAGGUUUCUAAUUGAUUGGAUACUAGGAAUCCUAAUUAUGAUGAAUGUAAAAUAAGGAAUCCCUUGUCCCCAAAAAGUUCUAAUCUUAUAUCCUACUGUCAAAGAAGCAGAGUCAUCAUAAGUAAGAAUUUAUGCUGUUAAUAAGUUGUAUCAAUCUUCCAAAUGGUUAUCUUUGGAUUAAUCCAAUGGGUUGGAGCAUUUGCUUCUUACUUUGUUUA